CUAAAUGUCAAAAGCUUUGCAAUUUGCAUGGCUGCCUUAUUACUCUUUCUGUAAAACAAGAAUUGUAAUAUUUUAAAUGAUUCACGACAUACUUCACUUCUGUGCUAUUUUAUGUAAUUUUAGCCAGUUAAAAUGUUAAACUUAUAUCAAAAAAAGUUUCCUAUCAUAUAGAUUUGCUGUGCUGUGUAAUUAAGAUUUUUUUAGGCUAAGGGUCGGCUAAAAUAUAGCUAAAAUGGAUGUUGUCGGCAGCGAAAUAGGCCAAAAGAUGAGGUCUGCCAUCAAGGCCAAGCUGACUGAACUGGGGUGCUAUGUUGACGAUGAGCUCCCUGACUAUGUGAUGGUGAUGGUGGCCAAUAAGCGCACCAGAGCUCAGAUGGAGGAAGACCUCCAGCUGUUCCUUGGCGACAACACUGAGCUAUUCGUAAACUGGCUUCAUCAGGUUCUGAAGAAACUCCAAGAGGUUACUGUUACUACACCAUUAUUGCCUGAUGUUGAAAUUGAGAAAGACAAAGCAACCACAAAAGAAAAAAAAGGAAAAGACAAGAAAUUCAAAGACAAAACAAAAAAAAGCGAAGGUACAAAAAAGUCGAAGAAGAAAGACAAAGAAAAAGACAAGUCUCAAAGAAAAGUAGACAAAAAAUCUCAUAAAAGUAAGAAGAAAAGCAAACAUCAUGAAAUGAUUCGACCAAAUGUACCACCUUUACUAAUGAAUAUGGAAAAAGAAUCUGAACCAUCCAUUACAGAUGUAUUCGCUGGACAGAUUUUAAAGAACCAUGGUGUUUUACUUGAGCCAUACAGAGAAGAUCCAAAGCAAAUAGAGACUAAAGUAGUUUUUGAGGAAGUUAAAAGACCAAUGAUCACUAUUAUUGAUCCUGAUACUAUAACACAGCCUGGGACAUCAGAAAGUAAUCAAAAUUCUAGUAAUAAUGUAAAUAAAAAUUCACAAGUCGAAGUCAGAGGUGAGCAAAUUAAAGAAAUAAAUCAGAUUGAAGAAAAAAUCCAAGGUCUGAAACAGAAGUUGGCCGAGCAGUUAGAUUCAAUGUCCGAUGAUGAAGAUUUCUUGACGAUAAGAACUGAGGCUGAAGAGCUGAUGAAUGAUUUUGCUGAAGAUGUAUUGCAAGAAGUAUCACAACCAUCACCUGUAACACCUCCCUUGCAAACCAAAUCCGCUACACCUCCCCGAAUCGUGGGAAUGACCCAAAAGCCCAAGGAAAUACAAUCGGAAGCAGAAACCUUACCUCAAAUAGAGCUAAACCUACCCAAAAGACCAAUUCGCGAAAGGCUUGGUGCACGUGAAAUACCAAAGGUUCAAGAAGUAAAGGCAAAAGAGACAACUAAAAAAGCAGAGAGUCCUGAAAGAUUUACGCCAGAAAAAGAGAUUGAGUUCCGACCUCAAAGACCUGCAAAAAGUCGUUUGGGAAGUCAGUCAGACUCACAAAGAAGAAUGUCUACAUCCGAAGAUAGCACUGCAAAGUGUGAGUCCAGUUUAAAGCGACUCACUUCUAAAGUGUCAGUAUUAGGGAAUCGGAGCGGACGCUCUACGUGCGCGUCCGUUGUCCGCGUGCGUCCACGACCGCGCGUCUCUACGCCCGCGUCUAGCUUACUGAUGCGAGCUGUGGCUGAUGCGCACAAGAGUUUACUCAGCAUACCGCCCAAAUUGGACACCGAGCCCCAGAAGAUAAAACGCGCAAUGGUUCUGCCAAUGCGGCGUUGUGUUGACGCGCAGAAAAUCGUGAUACAAGUGCCCGGUGGAAUGGACGCACAGUCGGACAGCCAAGGCGAUACAAUCAGCUUGGGCGAUAUGGAUAGCGAGGGAGAUGACAAGAGCUCCAAAGUCCCAAGUGACAUCACGGAAAAAGAAGACUUUGUACCAAAAAAUAUCACUAAAGUUAUUACCAACACCGAGUAUGUACCGGAGACUGGAUCUAGUCGACAAGACGACAUGGAUACUAUUAAAAUUCACAAUACAAUAACGGAUAAAGAGAAAGACACCCAAUUCAUAGUUACUAUGGACGGAUACCACCCGAACGCGUUCCUCGCAAAGAAACUCAUGACCGAAGGCCUAUUAGAUGAAGUUGAUAUGAAAGAUAAACCAGAAGGGCCCCAACCAAGCUCGAAACCAGCAGUAGAAGAGGAAAACGAUGAAACCAAAGAACCAACUGUAGGAAAACCUGAAGAAGUGAAAGAGACGGCGAUACCGAGCGGCCCAAAGAAAAGAUUGAGUAAUACAAGCGAGGAGAGUGACACCCAAGUUAUAAUAACGCAAGAGGAGAUAGAAAUAGAAAUGCCAGUUGAAAAAGAAAAGCCAAUAGAAAAAGAAAAGCCAGUAGAAAAAGAGAAGCCAGUAGAAAGAGAAAAACCAGUUGAGAAGAGACAAAGCACAGAUGACCCUCUCAAAGAAGAAAGUACUGAAGAGCUCAAAGAAUCUCCGCUCGCCAAGAAGAGGAAGGCGUCGCCCAUAGUAUUUGAUGUGGGCAAGAGAGAGAAGGAGAGUGAGAAAAAAGAAAAGGAAACCGUGAGAGAAAGGACUGCGAGUGCCAGCAGUGAUAGCCACGUGACUUUGAUCACGACAUCCACCUCUCAUAAAUAUGACGCUUUGCCACCAUUGUCUGUAGCGGAACGAAAACUGGCCUGGUGUCGCGCAUUUCCGCUGUGCCGGUUCGGCUCGGCUUGCGCGUUCGCUCACCCCCGCUGCAAGUUCGCGGCCGCCUGCACUAGACGCGGCUGUGUGUACUCCCACGCUCCGAACGCUCUACCCGGCCCCGCCUCCCCUUUGCCUGUUGUUGCAUCCCACGUGGUUCCGGCGGCGAACUACAAGACGAUAUCCACCGUAGCCCUGCCAAGCAUGUGUAAAUUCUACCCGGGUUGCGUAAACCCUGCGUGCCAUUUCUACCACCCGAAGCCGUGCCGCUACGGCAAGGCGUGCGGGAACAAGCUGGAGUGUAAUUUCUACCACCACGACGUGGCCACCAACAAAUGGAAAUACCCCGCGUAAAAUACAUUUUGAUUGAUUUAAACAAACACGUUUUAUUUAAUAU